CGAGGAGGAGGAGGAGGCGGGAGGGGCGCGAGGGGGGCCGUUCGGGCGCCGCCCGCCCCUGCUGCUCGGCUCCGGCCCCUCCGCCGCGCCGCCCCUGCUGCUCACCGGCCGCCACCACGCCCCCCUCAGCCGCCGACCCGACUCCCUCAUCCCCAACUUCCACCCCUCCGCCUCCUCCUCCGCCUCCGGAAUCGUGCAGCCGCCCGCCGCCUUCCCGCCCCCUGACGUCCCCUCGGACUUCACCGGACGCCACGUCGUCACCCUCACGCGCGCAGCGCUGACGGCGGCGGCGACAAAUGUACGACAGGAGGGCGCGACGGCGGCGGCGGCGGCGCCGCCGCCACCGGAGGCUCCGCCUCCUUCGGAUCCGGAUCUCCGCCGUGAGAUUGAGGUGCUAGCGGCGAUGGUGGCGCGGAGCGGGCCGCAGCUGGAGGAGAUUGCGCGGAAGCAGGC